ACACCGAAUGAGAAUUUGCAGGAAUCAGUAGCGUUCGCCGGAGCAAACAAUUUCCAGAGAGGAAAUGAAGACGAUAAGGCAACGGCUUCUUCCCCUCCACCGUCGUCCACUUCCACCGCAGCUCGUUCACGAUCAAAUUCCGGCCAUUGGUACUCCAUUUUCCUCUUCCUCCUCCUCCUCCGUUUAUGAUUCCGCAGCCAGUAAAAUCAAUACGACUCUUACCCAAGACGAGCUCACGAAGAUCAGCCUCCUUCUUCCUCGUCUCUGCCUCGACAACCACCACUCCACCGCCAUCACACUUCUGGAUGCGGCGCUCCUCACUAAUCUUUCACUUCAAUCGCUUCCCCUCUCGAUUCUUUCCCAUUCCCUUGCUUCCCAAUCCGAUUUCGCCCUCACGAUGUCCCUCCUCACCCGUCUCAAUCACCAUCGGAAUGCGCUUCUCUAUUCAAGCCCUAUUAUCACCAUGCUUAUUUUCUCUUAUUGUAAGCAGCGGAAAUUUAAGGAGGCCUUGAAGAUUUUCCAUUGGAUGCUAAGACCAGGGUCGCCAUGUAAGCCGGAUGAGAGGGUUUAUAAAACCCUAAUCGCGGGACUGUGUAGGAAGGGUAUGGUACUUGAUGCUUUGAAGAUUCUGAAGAACAUGAUUGACUCGAAUUUGGUUCCGGAUUACGAUCUGAGGAGUUGGGUUUUUAGGUGUUUGCUGAGAGAAGCGAUGAUCGGCGAAGCAACAGAGUUGAGUGAAACUUUGAAUUCCAUUGGCGAUCGGAAUACCAGUGAGCAUCUGAAAAAGGUGUCGGAAUUGUUGGACGGUAUCAUCAACAAUUGGAUUGAAUAGAGAAGAUCUUCUGGUUCCUUCGUUGGAGAAGGAAGAGAAAUGUUGGUGGUUAUUGGUGUCUUCAGUUCACAGGGACAAGAAAGCCAUUGACACUUCCUAUAGUCUUCAGAAAUCUUCAGAGCAGCAGAAGGCUUGAAUGAACAUCAAGUUCAUAUCAAAUGCUAUUAACUCGAAGAAACUGCCAUAGAAAUUGAGGUCAUAAUGUAACAUAAUGCUGUUUUGGGUUUAUCUACACAAUUUUUUUUUCUCACGAAUUUUUCGAGCGGAGUCUACCGCUAGCAGAUAUUUUGGCCCAG